AUGCGCAUCGAUCACCAGACCAAUGCCCAGCGACGGGUUGGCGAGCAAGGUGGGAGGUUCCAGGGCGUCAUCGAUGAGAGAGAGGUCCACGCGAGAAGCUAUACGGGUUUGGCGAUACGGGUUCAUGUCGGAGCGAGGCAGCACAUCCAACCUUUUGUUCGAACUGGGCACGUCAACACUUCUGUUGUGUUGACUGGAAGGAGGAAGCGAAGCCACGCCACUGUCGGUAGGACCGUGGUACAGUUGCAAGCAGAGACCGGCCGCUGGGCGUGCUUUCCCACAGGUUCCUCCCAUCCAGAUGGGAAGUCGCGAACGUUAGUAUUUGGAGAACAAGGCAGGCCCGAUCUGCUUGGUUAUUGA